GCCGGCGGGCGACAGCCGGGUCCCCGGUCCAGGCUGAAGCCCCGGAGAUCACGGAUAGGCCGUGAGGAGGCGCUGGACCUGCUCUCUCAACCUCCGUGACCCGUGGCGGGUGAGAAAGUCGGGCUCUGGGUGGGGGUCGCGUCGCCCGGUCGCGCCCGCCUGGGCUAGCCACCCUGUCGGUUCCGCCCCGGCGCAGAGCCUCUGUUAUGCACCUAAAGCCAUACUGGAAACUCCAGAAGAAAGUGCGACCUCCGGAAAUCAGCAAGGAAACUCUGAGAACUCCUAUGAGCCACGAAGAAGCUAUAAAUGAUGAAAAAUGCAAAGCUAGCUACAUGAAACCAAGUGUCUUCCCUUCACCCUCUCUUGGUAAAGCAUCAUCUCGAAAGCCUUUUGGGAUUCUUUCUCCAAAUGUUCUGUGCAGCAUGAGUGGGAAGAGUCCUGUAGAGAGCAGCUUGAACGUUAAAACCAAGAAGAAUGCACCAUCUGCGACAAUCCACCAGGGUGAAGACGGGGAAGGGCCGCUUGAUAUCUGGGCUGUUGUGAAACCGGGAAAUACCAAGGAGAAAAUUGCAUUCUUUGCAGCCCACCAGUGUAGCAAUAGGAUAGGAUCUAUGAAAAUAAAAAGCUCUUGGGAUAUUGAUGGGAGAGCUACUAAAAGAAGGAAAAAAUCAGGGGAUCUUAAAAAAGCCAAAAUACAGUUAGAAAGGAUGAGGGAAGUGAACAGCAAGUGCUACCAGCCCGAGCCCUUUGCGUGCGGCAUUGAGCACUGUUCUGUGCAUUAUGUCAGUGACAGUGGCGAUGGCAUCUAUGCCGGGAGGCCUCUGUCAGUCAUCCAGAUGGUCGCCUUCCUUGAGCAGAGAGCCAGUGCCCUGCUAGCUACUUGUACGAAAAACUGCACCAGUGCGCCUGCUGUGCUGAGGCUUCCCGGGCCGCCCAGAGGCGUGCUCCCAGCCUCCGAGCCCUUUCCUGCUCCAGGAGCUUGUGAGGAAUCCACGGAAAGAGGAAGUCCUGAGGUCGGCGAGCCGCAGAGUGAGCCAGUCCGUGUGCUUGACAUGGUAGCCCGGCUGGAGUCCGAGUGCCUGAAGCGGCAGAGCCAGCGCGAGCCUGGGAGCCUCUCGAGGAAUAACAGCUUCCGUCGAAAUGUGGGCCGGGUGUUGCUGGCGAAUGGCACUCCGGCUGAUGGAGGCAAAGCUAACAAAGGCGCCUUGGAGGCACCAGACACUCAGGUGAAUCCUGUGGGGUCUGUAGCUGUGGACUGUGGCCCCUCACGAGCGGACCGUUGUUCUCCCGAGGGGAAUGAGGCAUGGGACAGUGCUCCCCGGGGCUGUCCCCCGCUGCCAGCAAGUGUGAAUUUCCUCACAGACAGUGCAAAGUUUGAGCCCCAUCAGCACAGUGCUAUGAAGAACAGCAGUCGGUAUGAUGUGGAAAUGACAGAGGAACUUGCCGGGUCACCUUUUCCUCCUCACACCUGCUCUCAGGCCACAGAGUUGCGCACGGAUGCUGUUGAUUGUAUGAGCGGAGAGCUCGUGCCACUUCCAAGCCAGGAUCCCGAGCAGAGACGGAAGGAAUCUUUGUGCAUUAGUAUCACUGUGUCCAAGGUAGAGCAGGGCCAGCCUUCUAGUUUAAAGCCCUGUGAAGACCCACUUCCAGGGAUGUUGUUUUUUUUGCCACCUGGUCAGCACCAGUCAGACUGCUCCCAGUUAAGUGAAGGCACAAGGGAGUCUCCUGAGGCCGGCCGGCUUCGAGAUGCUGCGGAGGGUGACAGCGCUUCUGAGGACAAAAGUGUUUCCGCUGAUGCAUUUGUCCUGCCAGCCUCUCCUGUGGAAAGUACGUUACCGGUGCUUGAGACGUCCAGUUGGAAGAAGCAAGUGUCUCAUGACUUUCUGGAGACCAGGUUUAAAAUCCAGCAGCUUUUGGAGCCUCAGCAGUACAUGGCAUUUCUGCCCCACCACCUCAUGGUGAAAAUCUUCAGGUUACUUCCCACCAAGAGCUUAGUGGCUCUCAAGUGUACCUGCUGCUAUUUCAAGUUUAUCAUCGAAUACUACAACAUCAGGCCGGCAGAUUCCCGCUGGGUGCGAGAUCCUCGAUACAGAGAGGACCCUUGCAAGCAGUGCAAGAAGAAAUACGUGAAGGGGGAUGUGUCCCUGUGCCGGUGGCAUCCCAAGCCCUAUUGCCAGGCAUUGCCCUAUGGGCCAGGGUACUGGAUGUGCUGCCACCGGUCUCAGAAGGGCUUCCCCGGCUGUAAACUGGGGCUUCACGACAAUCACUGGGUCCCUGCUUGCCACAGCUUUAAUCGGGCAAUCCAUAAGAAAGCAAAGGGGACCGAAGCUGAAGAGGAGUACUGAAGUCUGGAGAGGUGACAAAAGGACAGAUUUUUAAAAUGGCGGAACACCACCUAGAUCUACCAUUCAAGUGAAUGUUGCCUCUCAAAGCCCUCACUCCAGGAGAAUCUGUACUUCCUCCAGCAGGACGGCCAUUGAUUGCUCAGGCAUUUUUUUAAAAUCUUGCUUUAUGAGCUCUACAAGGAACUGAUCUCAUUGUUUUAGAGUGGCACCUCCUUUUGGUCCAGGGUGGUAUCCCACAAUUUGAUUCACUUGCCUGUGAAUAUGCCUGUUCUCCCAAAUCAAAUCCACCCCCAAAGGACGAAGACUUGCUACCAUCAAGGACAUUCAGAAGAGUUCAUUGCAGACUAUGCAGGCAGUCCCCCGAAAGGGGUUCCAGAAAUGUUUUAAGCACUGGCACCAUAUUUGAAAUAAGCAAAUAGCGUCCUAUGGAAAUAAGAGCAGCACUCUUGGAUGAAAAGUAUGCUUACAAAGGAAAAGUCAGGCACCUUACCUUAGCCCUUGUAUGCUUGAUCUGUGAGAUUGAAGUUUGUGGUUGGAGAUGGAUUUCAUGCCCUGUGGUGUUUACAGUGUAUAUAAUGGUUGUGUUUUCAUAGGGCUAUGAAAGUGCACAUUAAACCCGAGCGCCUUUACCUUAGAUGAGUGCUUUUGGCCCCUCUGUAAAUAACACUAUUAAAUCCAGUUGUAUAUAGUGGACAGCAGACUGAACAUAAUCCCCACAAUGCAGCUAGGAUAGUGUUGCGGCUACAGUUGUGUGGUUUUUUUUUUUUUAAUUGUCUCGUCUUAAAUUUGUACAUCCUGUAUAAAAUAUGAAUGUUUCCCAAAUAAACUAUGAAUGUUUCCUGUAUAAUAUAUGAAUGUUUCUGAGAAGAAACUCUAAAAUAGUUAAGAGGUUAACCUGUUGAAGAUACCAAAUAAUGGUUUAACUGGACAACCUUAUAAUUAGCAUAGAGAACAAUCCUGUUAUAUUUUAGUGAUCCAUCAAGAAUGAGAAGAUAUUAUAUAGUCAGAUUAUAACAUUCUUGUCUACUUUACUCUUUGUCUGGUUACAAAUUUUUUUUUUUAACUUCAAUAAAAAUGCAUCUUAAAUGGAA